GAACUCUGUAUCGGUUGAUUACGUUCCUUCAGUUCACUCCUAAACCUUAGAAGAUAUCCGCAGCAGAUUCUUCUCAGAAGGUUUACAGAAUCUGUCACUUCAGAAGGAGGCAACAGUCCAGAGACAAGCCGAGACAUCCCCAGUGCCAACAUGCAGAAGCAGGUGGAGGUGAGGAUGCAUGAGAGCCAGCUGGAGCCGGUGGAGAAGGCCGAGGAGUCGGCGUGCGGCGGCUGCUGCGACAAGAUCAUGAACAACAUGGUGCUGACGCUGACCAUCCUGGGUGUGUUUCUGGGCUCCAUCUCCGGCAUGCUGCUGCGUCACAUCGCGCCGCUCCCUCCUGACGUGGUCAUGAUCAUCUCGUUCCCUGGAGAGAUCCUGAUGAGGAUGCUGAAGAUGCUGAUCCUGCCGCUGGUGGUGUCCAGUCUGGUCACAGGCCUGGCCGGUCUGGACGCCAAGUCCAGCGGGCGUCUGGGCACGCGGGCCAUGGUAUACUACAUGUCCACCACGGUGAUCGCCGCCGUCCUGGGGGUGAUCCUGGUCAUCGUCAUCCACCCGGGGAACCCCAAGCUGAAGGCAAACCUCGGCCACGGCAAGAAGAACGACGACGUCUCCAGCGUGGACGCCUUCUUCGACCUCAUCCGGAACCUCUUCCCCGAGAACCUGGUGCAGGCCUGCUUCCAACAGAUCCAGACGGUGAUGACUAAGGUCCCGGUGCCCACCAACAGAACCAGAGGCCCCUCCAGGUUCACCAUCAAGAGGUCCCUGCAGUUCAAGGGCGGCAUGAACGUUCUUGGUCUGAUCGGGUUCUUCGUGGCCUUCGGGAUCAUCAUGGGGAAGAUGGGGGAGAAGGCCCGUCUCAUGCUGGAGUUCUUCAACAUCCUGAACGAGAUCGUCAUGAAGCUGGUUGGGGCCAUCAUGUGGUACUCCCCCCUCGGUAUCGCCUGUCUGAUCUGUGGUAAGAUCAUCUCCAUUGCCGACCUGGAGGUGGUGGCCCGUCAGCUGGGCAUGUACAUGGUGACCGUGAUCGUGGGUCUCAUCAUCCACGGGGGCAUCUUCCUCCCGCUCAUCUACUUUGUCAUCUGCAAGAAGAACCCCUACACCUUCUUCAUGGGCAUCUUCCAGGCCUGGGUCACGGCCCUGGGAACAGCCUCCAGUGCCGGCACGCUGCCCGUGACGUUCCGCUGCCUGGAGGAGAACCUGGGCAUCGAUAAGCGUGUGACGCGCUUCGUUCUGCCGGUCGGCGCCACCAUCAACAUGGACGGCACCGCGCUGUACGAGGCCGUGGCCGCCAUCUUCAUCGCCCAGAUGAACGGCAUCGACCUGGACUGGGGCCAGAUCAUCACCGUGAGCAUGACAGCCACCCUGGCCAGCGUGGGAGCGGCCAGUAUUCCCAGUGCCGGGCUGGUGACCAUGCUCCUCAUCCUCACCGCGGUGGGCCUUCCCACGGAGGACAUCAGCCUGCUGGUGGCGGUGGACUGGCUGCUGGACCGCUUCCGCACAUCGGUGAACGUGGUGGGCGACUCGUACGGCGCGGGCAUCGUGUACCACCUCUCCAAGGACGAGCUGGACAGCUUCGACGCGCAGCAGAGCCGCCCGGAUGAGUUCGAGAUGGCCAAGACGCAGUUCUACGACAACAACACCAACCACCAGAACCACGCCUACGCCUCGCACCAGCAGGCUGUGUUGAUAGACGACUGCAAGGUGACCAUGGGCAGGAACGGCAGGACAACAGAGUACUCAUUUGUUGAGGAGGAACCGUGGAAACGGGACUAA